CACCUCCCCACCCCUCCAUGAAAAACCAGCUCCGCGUCCCCCCGCGGAGGGCGGCGCCCAUGUCGGCUUCGGGGACGGCGGCCGGGGUCGGGGACGGGCGGGCGGGCGGCGCGGAGCCCGGGGCGGGGCCGGCGCUGGGCAUCCCCGGCGGCGGCGCGGGCUCCCCGGGCGCGGGCCCCCCGGGCGCGGGCCCCCCGGGCGCCGCCAUGCCGAGCAAGAGCGCCGAGUGGCUGCAGGAGGAGCUGGAGGCGCGCGGCGGGGCCUCGCUGCUGCUGCUCGACUGCCGGCCGCACGAGCUCUUCGAGUCGUCGCACAUCGAGACGGCCAUCAACCUGGCCAUCCCGGGCCUCAUGCUGCGCCGCCUGCGCAAGGGCAACCUGCCCAUCCGCUCCAUCAUCCCCAACCACGCCGACAAGGAGCGCUUCGCCACCCGCUGCAAGGCCGCCACCGUGCUGCUCUACGACGAGGCCACCGCCGAGUGGCAGCCCGAGCCCGGCGCGCCCGCCUCCGUCCUCGGCCUGCUGCUGCAGAAGCUGCGGGACGACGGCUGUCAGGCCUACUACCUCCAAGGUGGUUUCAACAAGUUCCAGAACGAGUACUCGGAGCACUGCGAGACCAACGUGGACAGCUCGUCCUCGCCCAGCGGCUCGCCGCCCACCUCGGUGCUGGGGCUGGGGGGCCUGCGGAUCAGCUCGGACUGCUCCGACGGCGAGUCCGACCGCGAGCUGCCCAGCAGCGCCACCGAGUCGGACGGCAGCCCCGUGCCGGCCAGCCAGCCGGCCUUCCCGGUCCAGAUCCUGCCCUACCUCUACCUCGGCUGUGCCAAGGACUCCACCAACCUGGACGUGCUGGGCAAAUACGGCAUCAAGUACAUCCUCAACGUCACCCCCAACCUCCCCAACGCCUUCGAGCACGGCGGCGAGUUCACCUACAAGCAGAUCCCCAUCUCUGACCACUGGAGCCAGAAUCUCUCCCAGUUCUUUCCCGAGGCCAUCAGCUUCAUUGACGAAGCUCGGUCCAAGAAGUGCGGGGUGCUGGUGCACUGCCUGGCGGGCAUCAGCCGCUCGGUGACGGUCACGGUGGCCUACCUGAUGCAGAAGAUGAACCUGUCCCUCAACGACGCCUACGACUUCGUCAAGCGGAAAAAAUCCAACAUCUCGCCCAACUUCAACUUCAUGGGGCAGCUGCUGGACUUCGAGCGGACGCUGGGGCUGAGCAGCCCGUGCGACAACCACGCGCCCAGCGAGCAGCUCUACUUCUCCACGCCCACCAACCGCAACCUGUUCCCGCUCAACACGCUCGAAUCCACGUGAGCGCCGCGGGGGCGGAGGAGGGGGCUCCCUCCCCCCCCAGGGCCCCCCGCCGGCCUAAGUGAUGAGCUCGCUGGGGGUCAGCACGUGGGACCCGCAGAUGCCCAUCGGGGCGACGUGGAGAGACGCCGCGCUCCUCAGGUGACACGUGGCUUUGGGAGGGGGGGUUCCGGGAGGGGCCCCCAUUUCUUGACCUGGGACUCUGCAUUCUGCUCAUAGCCCGGUCCGAUCUGGCUUUUUUUUUUUUUUUUUUUUUUUUAAAGACAUAUCUACGGACGGACGCGAGUUUACUUUUUAAAUCUUCAGCAGGGAGUCUCCGAACUCCUCUUGAUUUGUUUUUUUUUGUUUUUCUUCAUUCUCUCUUUUAUUUUUACCAACACACGAAAAGUGUUAUUUUUCCGGGCUUCGUUAUUUCAUCCCUUUCUUGACUGGAGAGAGAGAGAGAAAAAGAGAGAACGAAUAUUCUUCUGUUUCGAUUUUUUUUCCUUCCCUUUUUUUUGGGGGGGGGAGAAGGAAAAACAAAAAGCGAGGGAUGUUUCGUUUUGUUGUUUCGUUGGUGUUGUUCCUCGUGGAAAAGACCAACUCCCGCGUUGAUCUUGACCAAAUGUAUUUUUGCACAUGUGUGAAAAAGCCUCCCAUUUCUGCCCCCCCCCCCCGCAGA